AUGUAUGAAACAUAUCCCAACGUCUCCUGGUCUCUGCUUCGACGAGGAAAAAGUUUCCAACAACACAUUCUGAGAUCCCUUGCAGAAAAGGAAGACUUUGAUCAGUACAUAGAAUACAUUCAUAAUCCGAGAAGACACUUUAAACAAUUCAUAAAGAAUGAAGUGGACAGAUACUACACUGAACAAAACAACAUGAUUCUAAAAAUGUUCAAAGGAAAUCUAAGAGAAAAACAGCAGAUUGUAAGUAAUGCAGUCAAAGCAGCAACAGCGGAGGUCAAGAGUCAGAGUGGAGACGGCAACAUGUGGUUCAGAUGCUUCACCACAGCCCUGACAGAUGAGCUGAAACUCACAGAAAGCUCAUGUGGUGAUCUUAGUGAAAUUGAAGACUUGGAUUUUCUUGACAAAGUUUUAGGUGACAGUCUAAAGGAGAGGAUGACAAAACUACAGGACAGUUUUGCAAGCAUUAAUAACAUAAAAAUAAAAAUGUGCAGGAAAACCCCAGAUGAGAUUUUAAUUGACCACUUCUGUCAGUGCUGUUGGGUUCAGUGUCCUUUCUGUAAAGCCAUCUGCACCAAUGCAAUGAAAGGCCAUCCUGGAGAUCACUGCGUUCCUUUCCACCGCAAUAACGGACUGAAUGGAUGGCAUUACAGAGGAACAACAAAUUUGGCUACUGAUUUCUGUACAACUGAAGUAGCGAGUGACAACUUUUUUCACCCAAAUUCCUCAGAUUAUAAAAUCCCCUUUAAAAAAUACAGAAAAGGAGGCCGUAAAUAUGCUAAGUGGAGCAUCACGCCUGACCACUCUGAGCUGCCGUACUGGAAGUGGUUUGUGUGCAGAUUCCAAGAUGAUCUGGAAACAUACCACAGUAUGACAUUCCAGGGAAAUGGUGAGAUUCCAUAUGAAUGGAAAAGGUACACAAAAAAGGAAGCUCUGGAGAGUUUGGAUAAUUACAUGUAAUGAAAAAGUAAACAAAUGAUUCCAAGAUGAUCUGGAAACAUACCACAGUAUGACAUUCCAGGGAAAUGGUGAGAUUCCAUAUGAAUGGAAAAGGUACACAAAAAAGGAAGCUCUGGAGAGUUUGGAUAAUUACAUGUAAUGAAAAAGUAAACAAAUGGCAUUCUGUCAGCUCCCUGUUUACAGAUGAUAUUUUGACAUCUUGUUUCACACAGUAAUGUUUAUGAAGUUCUGAACAUAGAUGCAGAUUUUUUUUUUUUCUGGCAAGGUUUAUAUGAAUACUGUUAUAUUUUGCUGUGAACACUGCUGAGCUUUUUAUUUACUGUAGAUACAUUGAUUGACACUAUAAAAUAAUAGAGAGACAAACAUGUGACUGUUAAAGCCAGUGGGAAAUGUUUAAUUAUUUGUUUUGUUUAUCAGAGAUAAAAAAGCACCAUGACUUGUUAAUCACUUUAAUCUUUUGA